GGUAUACCUUGCUUGCCAGAGUGUGAAGCGUGCUGAGACGGAUGGUGCCCUCGCAACGGAGGCGACUCGUCUGAGGGUAGAACUAGCACUGGAGUCCCACGAUCGAUUCUUCAGAGGCCAUGACCAGACCCUCGUUGCUGAAGUGAAGAAUCCUCGGAA